GAGGAGGACGAGGAGGGGGAGGAGCCGGAGUAAAGGGCGGCGAGGGAGGGAGCAGAAGGGGGAAGCGAUCCCCGGACCCCCGGCAGGCCCCAGAACUCUUCAUCGUAGGAGCCAAGCUCUCCUCGCUCACCCUGUCUGGCACACCACAGAUUAGGCAGUCUUUGCUGGUCAACUACAGGACACUGGACCAUUUGGUCAGUGACUUGAGAAUUAGCUUAAGAAGGAACAUUCUCCUGUGCCUCUGAUGUCGUAGAGAGUUAGCUCUGGACCGAGGCUUCUGCCCCUGACUACACGUGGGCAACUCUUUCUGUGUGUUGAGUCACGUCAAGCGGGAAGCUGAAGCCGUUACUGUCCAAACCCUGUUUCUUCUUCCCAAGCAUGUCAGAAAGCUGGCAGCAACAGCCUCCCCCACCGGCCCCCCCACAGCAGCCUCCACCUCCCCCGCAGCAGCAGCAGCAGCAGCAGCAGCACCAUGCCGAGCCUCCCCCCACCUUGGCAGAACACUCGAUCCCGCCAAGCGCAGCGGAGAACCCCCUGGGCUGCGCUGUCUACGGUAUUCUUCUGCAGCCGGACCCCAACUUACAGCACCACCAGCACCCCCCCUUGCAGGCCCCGGCGGAGCCCACCCACAAAUGCGGGGUGUGUGGCCACGACCUGACGCACCUCUCCAGCCCCCACGAGCACCAGUGCCUGCCCGGCCACGACCGUUCCUUCCAGUGCACUCAGUGCCUGAAGAUCUUCCACCAGGCCACUGACCUCCUGGAGCACCAGUGCAUCCAGGUGGAGCAGAAGCCCUUCGUGUGUGGUGUGUGCAAGAUGGGCUUCUCGUUGCUCACGUCCUUGGCGCAGCACCACAACGUGCACAGCGGCAGCGUGAUGAAGUGCUCCAUCUGCGAGAAGACCUACAAGCCGCCCGAGCCCGCGCAGCCCACGCCGGCGCCCGAGCCAGUGGAGAAGCCGUACAGCUGCUCCAUCUGCCAGAAGCCCUUCAAGCACCUGUCGGAGCUGUCACGGCAUGAGCGCAUUCACACAGGCGAGAAGCCCUACAAAUGCACGCUGUGCGAUAAGAGCUUCAGCCAGUCGUCCCACCUGGUGCACCACAAGCGCACGCACAGCUCAGAGCGGCCGUACAAGUGCACCGUGUGCGAGAAGACCUUCAAACACCGCUCCCACCUGGUGCGCCACAUGUACGCGCACUCCGGCGAGCAUCUCUUCAAGUGUCCGGCCUGCGAGCUGCACUUCCGGGAGUCCUCCGAGCUGCUCCAGCACGCGUGCACGCCAAGCGGAGAGCGGCCCUUCCGCUGUGGAGAGUGCCAGAAGGCCUUCCGCAGGCCCUCGGACCUGCGGCAGCACGAGCGCACGCAUAGCGAGGAGCGCCCCUUCCAGUGUGACCUGUGCCAGAUGAGCUUCAAGCAGCAGUACGCGCUGCUGCGGCAUCGGCGCACACACAAGACCCCCGGCGCCUCCCCCGAGCCCUUCAAGUGCGCCCUGUGUGAGAAGGGCUUCGCGCAGCCAGGCCACCUGGUCUACCACCAGCACGUGCACAGUCUUGAGAGCAUCUUCAAGUGCGGCGUCUGCCAGAAGGGCUUCGACCAGUCCUCGGAGCUGCUACGGCACAAGUGCUCCCAGAGCGCCGAGCGCCCCUUCAAGUGCACAGUGUGUGCCAAGGCCUACAAGCGUGCCUCGGCCCUGCAGAAGCACCAGCUGGCCCACUGUGCCGAGAAGCCCCUCCGCUGCACGCUCUGUGAGCGCCGCUUCUUCUCAUCCUCCGAAUUUGUGCAGCACCGCUGCGACCCCGCCCGCGAGAAGCCCCUCAAGUGCCCGGACUGCGACAAGCGCUUCAAGUAUGCCUCGGACCUGCAGCGGCACCGGCGUGUGCACACCGGGGAGAAGCCCUACAAGUGCCCCUCCUGUGACAAGGCCUUCAAGCAGCGUGAGCACCUCAAUAAGCACCACAGUGUGCAUGCCCGUGAGCAGCAGUACAAGUGCAUGUGGUGUGGGGAGCGCUUUCUGGACUUGGGACUGCUGCAGGAGCACAGCACCCAGCACACCGCAGAGGGGGCCUAUCAGGUGGCCGCCUGUCUGCCCUGAGCAGCUGGUGCCUGGGCACUGAGGCCAGCCUACCUACCAGGCCUUCCUCCUCGCUGUAGUGGUCUGCACUGUACAGUGUCUUCAAGGAGGUGUCGGUGAAACCACUGUACUAUAGGGGGACACCCUCAUCUCCCCCUCUGUCUGCAGCUCAGAGCCUGAGCUGACCUGGGCAGCUCAACAAGCUUCCCCCCUUCCCCAGCAACAGCUUUGCAGCCUUCUAGUGGCACUGGCCCUUUGGGCCAGUUAGCUCCCUCUCUGUGAGAGAAAUUCAGAGCCACACCGGAUCAGAAACCAAUCUUUUCCUCUUCCCCAGCCCCUAAAAGUGGAAGACCAGCCUGCCAGGCCCUUCCUGAUUUUUUUCAGCCUAAAUAGAAAUGAAACUGGGCCAUAAAGAACAGUCCUGUGGCCUGUGAGAAGAUUGCCAGAGUGCUUGCUGAUACGGAGAGGUCUGCUUUUACCAUGGCACUGGGUUGAUGGUGUGUCCCCAUGGCAGGGGAAUCCAUGGCAAGGGUACCUCCUCCGCUCUUGUCAGCUCCAGAAGGAAGAACCAAACAGAAGCAAUUGGCUGCAGAGGUCAGCCCUGUAGGAGGCUGGUGGCUGUCCAUUGGAGUUGCCACAAGGGCACUGUUUAUGACCAUUUGUUCAAAUAGGAAACAAGACAGAGGCUCCCUUAGCAUUGGGAGAAAAGGUUGAGAGCCUUUCCUGAUGGGGGAGGAAGCUUCUGUCUUCUGAGGGUUAAAAGAUCAAUUUCUCUAUUUUAAGGGCAGCUUACUCUCCGGCCAUUUUGGGGUUGCUUAGCACUUCAUCAUAUGCCAUCUUAAAGUGGCAGACCUUUGCUGGGCAGGAGCACUGUGUACAAUGACCAGAAUGUGUGGACACUGCAGGUGAUGAGGAAACAUCAGAGGGCAGAGAAUGUCACCAAUGACUUUUGUUUUUGUUUUUUGCAGGGCCAUCAGUUCUCCUGCCAUUUUCUUAUUUAAAUAACAAUGUUAGGAGGCUUCUAGUCAGAUUGAAUGGGUGGGAGCUAAGCUUCACCCAAUGCUUGUCCUCAGUCAAGACUAGGUUGGUAGUGAUGGGGAAGGGCAGACUUUCAAGGGAGAGUCUGGUUGAGGUAUCAGGAGUGAGCAUUGUCCCUGGGUAGUCCUUCUGUCACUUGACCCCUUCUUUCCUUUCCGUGUGAAUGAUUCUAUUGAGUCGAGACAGGAAAGGAGCAUUCCAUAGCCAGCAACCUAGGUGGCCCUAUUUGUCUAAGCUCAUGCAGCCCCUGUUGUGGAUGUCACAUGACCAAGGAUGCUUCAGUCAAUGUCUGGACACUUCCUGGGUCAGAGAGGUGGUUCCUGGAGUUCUCUCUGGCUGCU